AUGUCGUCCAGCGAGUUUGUCCACGUCAUGGAGUCGUUUACUCUCCAGCCGGACAAAUUACAGGAGUUUUUUGAGGCCGUGAACCCUGUUAUUAUGAAACUCGAGAAAACCGACCCCCACGUUUGGCACAUCUACGCCAUUCAUACAAAGACAGCGGAUGGGCUAGACCAUGUGGUCUUGGUUGAAAAGUAUGGUUGUUCGGCUCUCCAAAUGACAGGUAUUGGCGCUGACAAGCUCUUUAACAAAAGGUUCUCUAACGAGGAGGCCAUGGAGCGCGUUCACGGCUCUCCACUAUUGGUAGAAAUGGCCAAAAAAAUCAAUCCUCUGUUGGAAGAACCGGCCGAAUUCAAGCAUGGACAAGUCGUGCUCGGAUUCCAAGACCGUCAACGUUGA